GUUAACCCAUAAUCUUGCAAAAAUGGGUCUUUGGGACUGUGGUUAUUACAUAGAAGCCCUACCUUUGUGGCUGGCAAAUUGGAUGACUCCCCCUUCAUCUGUGUAAUCUUUCUUUGUCUUUAGUAACUUACUCCUUACCAAAAAAAAGAUUUUGUACACUUGCUUCAUUCUUAUGUGGGGUAUUUUUCCAAUGGUUUCACACAUUUAGAUUCUGCGAAAAGGCUAUGCCUUUUAACCUCGAUAUGACGUGGGGCAUUGGUAUUUUUCCAAUGCCAUCCUUUCCUCCCUUUCUUCUUCGCUUUCUAUUUGAUGGGAACCCUUUUGUGAACAACUGGAACUCUGGUUUCGUUCCAUUUGGGUGCAUUUAAUUUAUUUGAUUUCCAUGUUUAUUCUGUCAUUUCAAGAGGGAUUAAGUUUCUCGGCAUGCUUUCUCACUACUUUUUCACCUCAAAAAUCAGUUGGAAAUUGGGGGGAGUAGUGGGGAGUUCGAAUUUGGACAUUCAGAAGUAUAAUUCAGAUUGAACAUGGUUCUAGCAGGAUUUUUACACUACAGCUCCAAGUAAAAGGCAAGCUAUACCUGCUAUAUUCUUAGGUGAAGAUGUCAACAGAACUGGAGUGCCUACAAACUUGAGCCACACUUGUUUGAAGUAAGUUCGGACUUAUGAUAGAUUGUGGCUCUUACAUCAUUCUUGCUCAUUUGAGUUUUUUUCAAUGCAAAAUAUUGUCGUCCCUACUACUGCUAAGUGCUAACUUAGUCUCCUGGAGGGGAUAAUUAUCUGACAGCUAGCUAAGCUCCCAAGGUCAUGUCUCUUGGGAUGAAAUCAUGCUUUUCACAGUGUUUCUUGUUCCAGAAUAGCAUAAACCAUUCUGUUUGCUUCUGUCCAUCCUGACCUUUCCACGUUUCUUCUACUUCUGGAAUCCAAUUGUAAUUUUCCAUGUCAAAGAGUAGAAAAUGCCUCGUACUGUUAGAGAAAUGUACGAAUAUGAAGCAGCUAAAACAAGCACAUGCACAGAUAAUCACAAACGGACUUGGGAAUGACAACUUUGCUCUCAGCAGGGUUUUGGCCUUCUGCUCUAAUCCGCACUAUGGGAGCCUAAAUCAUGCGUUGCAGAUAUUUGAACGAAUUGAAAAACCUACUAUGUGCAUCUGCAACACCAUGAUCAAAGCCUUCCUACUGAAAGGAGAGCUUAUCAAGAUCAUCAAAGUAUACACACGGAUGUUGCAAGAGGGCCUGUACCCUGAUAAUUAUACACUUCCUUAUAUGUUGAAGGCCUGCAAGAACCUACAAAACUCUGUACUAGGUGAACAAAUCCAUGUGCAUGGUUUAAAACUGGGAUUUUUAUUUGAUAUUUUUGUUGGUAAUACUAUGAUUCUCAUGUAUUCAGCCUGUGGUAUGAUGGAAGCAGCAGCACGCAUAUUUGAUGAAAUCCCUCACCGAACUGCAGUAUCAUGGACCAUAAUGAUAUCUGGAUAUGCAAGACAAGGGGACAUUGACACAGCACGGUUAAUCUUUGAUGAGGCACCAAUGAAGGAUAGAGGAAUUUGGGGAUCCAUUAUCUCUGGGUAUGUGCAGAAUAAUUGUUUCAAGGAGGGUCUGCAAAUGUUCCGUAUGAUGCAGUUGACAAACUUGGAACCUGAUGAGGCCGUUUUUGUAAGUGUUCUUUGUGCAUGUGCUCAUUUAGGAGCUCUGGAUAUUGGUAUAUGGAUUCACAGAUACUUGGAUCGAAUUGGGUUACCAUUGACCAUUCGGUUGGGCACUGCUCUUAUAGACAUGUAUGCUAGAUGUGGAAAUCUUGAUAUAGCCAAAAAACUGUUUGAUGGAAUGCAACAAAGAGAUACUAUCUGCUGGAAUGCAAUGAUUUCAGGAGUGGCAGUGCAUGGAGAUGGAGAAAAUGCAUUAAAGCUGUUCUUAGAGAUGGAGAAGUCUGGGUUCAGACCAAAUGACAUCACUUUCAUUGCUGUUUUUACUGCAUGUAGCUAUUCAGGCAUGGCAUAUGAAGGUUUGCAUCUGUUCAAGAAGAUGAGUACAGUAUAUGGUAUUGAACCCAAAAGUGAACAUUAUGGAUGCAUUAUUGACUUUCUUGGUCGGGCUGGGCUUUUUGAAGAAGCAAAGGAAAUCAUCCAGGGAAUCCCUAAUUCAAGUAGCCCAUAUGAAAAAGCGAUUGCAUGGAGGGCAUUAUUGAGUGCUUGCUGUAAUCAGAGAAAAACCCAACUAGCUGAAUUUGCAGCACAGCAACUUGUACAAUUGGAACGCCACAGUGGGGUCUAUGUUCUACUUUCAAAUAUGUAUGCAGCUGCUGGAAACUACAAUGAUGCCAGAACAGUAAGAAUGAUGAUGAAAAAGAGAGGGAUUGAAAAGACACCAGGUUGCAGUUCAAUCGAGAUAAAUGGGUUUAUUCAUGAAUUUAUUGCAGGUGAGAAAGCACACCUGCAGAUGGAUGAGAUACAUGAACUAUUGGAGAAGAUGAACAAGCAUUUGGAAUACAAUCCAAACUGAUCAACUGAUGGAACAUCACCAUAAGCCUUUAAGCUCAGCUACUGAGUAGCAAAUGCAAGAAAUUUGCUUACAAGGUCCAUUACUGUGGAGCAUUUUGCUUUGUUGAAAAUUAUAGCUCAAAAAGAACUGCUUGAAGUUUCAACCUGUGAAGGUUCUUUAAACACAAGCCACAGAAGCAUUGUGCUUACACCUUUACGUGUUUGUCAUGCCACUGAGAACUGUGGUAAGUUGACAUAUAGCUUAUUUUUUAAGUCUUGCAUC